AUGACUGAUCCUAGUCGACCACCACAUACUGGUCAUGCUAGUGAAUUUUAUAUGGCAUGCCGAGAGGGUAAUAUAGAUAAGGUAAAUCGAUAUCUUAAAACUAUGACUAAGAGAGAGAUCGAUCUUAUCGAAGAAUCAAAUAGAAGUACGGCUCUACAUGCAGCAUCGUAUCAUGGACAUUCUGAAGUAGUGAAACGUUUAUUAGAACUUGGUGCUAGUACACAUACUCAUAAUGGAUACGGCUACACAGCUGAGCAAGAAGCAGGCAAUCAAGCAACUAAAGACGUAUUUGCAAAAAUUAAAAAAUAA